UCCUCUAUCUUCUCUUGUCAUUCUGUCUGUCCGUCAGGAUGGCGGUGCUGGAGGGCCUGGAGUUUGGGAAGUCUGAUUUUGUCCUUCUGGACGAGGUGAACAUAGAGCAGUUUAUGGAGAACCUGAAGCUGAGCUGUCUGUGUGUCCCAGGUGAAAGUGGCGCCGGAAAGACAGAGGCUAGCAAAUACAUCAUGCAGUACAUCGCAGCCAUCACCAACCCCAGCCAGAGAGCAGAGGUCGAGAGUGUGAAGAAUGUUCUUCUAAAGUCCAACUGUGUGCUGGAGGCCUUCGGUAACGCCAAGACCAACCGCAACGACAACUCCAGCCGCUUUGGGAAGUACAUGGACAUCAACUUCAACUUCAACGGCGACCCUACCGGCGGCCAUAUUAACAACUACCUGCUGGAGAAGUCAAGGGUGGUGCAGCAGAAUGGAGGUGAGAGGAACUUCCACUCCUUCUAUCAGUUACUACGGGGAGGCUCAGAUGACAUGUUAAAGUCCCUUCACCUGCACAAUGAUCCUGUCAACUAUGUGUACACCAGAGAUGGAGCUGUCGCCACUACGUCCAGCAAUGACCGGUACAGCCACAACACAGUGCUGAGUGCCCUGAACGUGAUUGGCUUUUCAGAGGAGGAGAUUCACCUCAUCUACAGAAUCCUGGGGACCAUCCUCAUCCUGGGUAACCUGCAGUUUGAGACAGACAGAGAGAGUGUCCUGGUGGUGGGGAUGGGGGACGUGAGUCACAUCGCUGAGCUGACCAGUACAGAGCCAGACAACGUGACCAAGAGCCUGCUGUACCGGACUGUGGCCACCGGGGGCGGAGAAGUCAUAGAGAAGGGACAUUCUGAGAAGGAGGCCUGCUUCGGCCGGGAUGCUUUCACCAAGGCUCUCUAUGAGAGACUAUUUCGUUGGAUUGUAGGCCGUAUCAACGCUGUAAUUGAGGUGAAAGACUACAACCCAGUGCUUCAUGGGAAAAACACAGUUAUUGGAGUGCUGGAUAUUUACGGCUUUGAGAUCUUCGACAACAACAGUUUUGAGCAGUUCUGCAUCAACCACUGUAAUGAGAAGCUGCAGCAGCUCUUCAUCCAGCUGAUCCUUUGCCAGGAACAAGACGAGUACAAGAGAGAGGGUAUAAUCUGGCAGCAUAUUGACUACUUUAACAACCAGAUCAUCGUGGACCUGGUGGAACAGCCCCAUAAAGGCAUCAUCUCUGUGCUGGACGAGGCCUGUCUCUCUGUGGGGAAGGUGACAGACACCGUCUGCCUGGAGAGUAUGGAUGCUAAACUGGGACAACACCUCCACUACACCUCUCGCAAGCUCGCGCCCUCAGACAAGACCAUGGAGUUCCACAGAGAUUUCCGCAUCCGCCACUACGCUGGAGACGUCACGUACUCCGUCGAGGGCUUUUUGGACAAGAACAAGGACCCCCUCUUCCAAGAUUUCAAGAGGCUCAUGUUUAACAGUUCCAACCCUGUGAUGAAGGAGAUGUGGCCUGAUGGUCAGCUGAGCAUCACAGAGGUCACCAAGCGACCCCUGACGGCAGCCACCCUCUUCAAGAACUCCAUUGUGGCCCUAGUGGAAAAACUGAGCUGCAAGUGUGACUACAACAACGACGACUAA